AGCAUGGCUGGCCCUGGGAAGGGAGCAGGAGAACCUGUCUGAGGCCUGAGCAGGACGGGCCCGAUCGGGGACAGCCCAGGACAGGAGCCCGGAGCAGCCCUGUGCCCGGGGGAAUCGCCCGAGCGGGACAGGCCAGAGCUGGACCCAGGAUCAGGCUGCCCAGGGCUGCGUGGGGGUAGUCGCAGAGAUCAAGGGAGUCGCCCCCUCAUCAGGGGGUCUCUGCCGGGAGCCCUGUUCCUGAGGACACAGUGGAGGAGAGGGUCUCUGCCCCUGCUGGCCCCAGGGACCCAAGCCAGCAGCCCUCCGCGGCCACAUCCGUCACCAGCCACUCCUGCACCCGCAGCAUGGAACCUGUGGCCUCCAACCGCCUCUGUCCACAGCCGUCAUAUGAGCCCCCCGGCACGGGCGUGAAGAGAAAGCGCUCGGCACGUGGCAGAGAGGCUGAGGAGGAGGCAGAAGAAAAGUCUCUUUUGUUUCAAAGAUAUUGUCAUCUGUGUAGAAGUUCCAGGAUGGAGCGAAUCAGGCAGAUGCAGAGGAGUAAGGCCGAGCAGGUGGCUCCAGAGCCAGGAGAAAACAUCAGCCAGCCUUCCCAGGAGGAGAGCGGCCCCUCUGUCCCCGCAGGCGGGGAAAAGGCUCAUGACCAGGGGAAAGAGAGGAGCUGCGUCGCGUGCUGGAGGAGGAGGAAGACAGCAGCUCCCCUAGCUGACCCUGAGGCACCUUCUGGGCCGAAAUGGAGGUGGCCCCAGGUACAGCUAUGGAGGAGAGAGCCAGGGGAGGGCAGGAGACGGGGAAGGCAGCUCUGGGGCUUCCUUCGCAGGAAGCCAAGGUGCCAGGAGCUGCGCCCCAGGGCCCAGCAGGAGCCGUCCACCACCUGCGCCAGCCCGACCCUGGCCCAAGAGGAGCCUCCCACCAGCACCACCCUGACUCCGGAGGAGCCUCCCGCCAGCCCAGAACAGGAGUUGAGCGACUGCGCGACAAACACCAGCAGCUCCGUGUACUCCUGCGGGGCCAGCAGCUCCUCCGUGGGGUCUGGCAGCCCAGAGUUUCUAGGCUCCCUCUUUGGAGACACCCCCAGUGCCCAGGUGUCGUGGCCUGAGGAGGAGGAAGAAGAGGAGGAGGAGGAGGGGCGACGCUGGUUUUGGGAAGGGGGCGGCUUUGCCGACAUAACUGUGAUGGCACAGGCACGGUAG